AUGUUGUUCCGGAAGAGGGUUGUGCCGGUCACUAAGGCGCUGCGUGACCACAAGAUCCAGUAUCGCUGGGAUAGUGAAAUCUGCCAGAUGUGUCCUGAAGAUAAGUGGCCUAAUGAGGCUAGAAAUAUUUGUGUUGACAAACUUUAUGAGUAUUUGUCAUAUGAGAAGGACUUAAUGGUUGCUUUUUUUUCUGCAUCUUCAGUCAUAUUUUCUGCUACAUCUCUCUGUAUACUUGGAAUAUUUUUGGGGUUUCGGAGCACUCCCAUAGUCAUAGCCAAUAACAGGAACCUCAGCUUCAUUCUUCUCUUCUCUCUCAUGCUGAGUUUCCUUUCUGUUUUCCUGUUCCUUGGUCAUCCAGUGGAUAUAACUUGUGUGCUGCAACAAGUCUUCUUUGGAAUUGUCUUCACAGUCUCAUUGUCUUCUAUCCUAGCCAAAACCAUCAUGGUUUUUAUUGCUUUUAAAGCCACCAGACCUGGAAGCUCCUAUAGGAAAUGGGUGGGAGUCAAACUUCCCAAUACAGUCCUAUUGUUCUGCUCAUUAAUUCAGGUUAUGAAUGGUGUUUUCUGGUUGUCCAUCUCUCCACCAUCUCAAGAGUAUGACAGGCACUCUUAUCCUGGGAAGAUCAUCAUUCAAUGUAAUGAAGGGUCAACUAUCGGGUUCUACUCUAUGUUGGGGUAUAUGGGGCUCCUGGCAGCAGUGAGCUUUGUUCUGGCAUUCAUGGUGAGGACAUUACCGGACAGUUUUAAUGAGGCCAAGUACAUC